AUGGAUAGAUAGAAAUAUCUUCUAUUCUGCUGUUUCUUGGAGAUUAAAUGUUAUGUUACUGGGCCUAUAAGUCACUGGCUUUAGGUGAGGAUUCAGAAUGGGAGACAAGCCUAUCUGGGAGCAGAUUGGGUCCAGCUUUGUACAGCAUUACUACCAGCUUUUUGAUGCAGACAGGACUCAGUUAGGAGCAAUAUAUAUUGAUGCAUCAUGCCUUACAUGGGAAGGACAGCAGUUCCAGGGCAAAGCAGCUAUUGUUGAAAAACUCUCUAGCCUCCCUUUCCAAAAAAUACAACACAGUAUCACAGCACAAGACCACCAACCUACACCUGACAGCUGUAUACUCAGUAUGGUAGUGGGACAGCUUAAGGCUGAUGAAGACCCUAUCAUGGGAUUCCACCAGAUAUUUCUAUUAAAGAACAUCAACGAUGCCUGGGUUUGCACCAAUGACAUGUUCAGGCUAGCAUUGCACAACUUUGGCUGAGCUGGCAACCCCGAGGCACCCAUGCUUCCCCCCCCCCGCCUCCUUCUCUCCUCUUACUGGUAUUAUUCACACUCACGGAACAUUCCAAAUAUCAUACACAAACCUGCAGCACUGCAGAGCGUGAGCAAGCAAGACCUGUGACCUGCCCUUUUGCUGAGUUUACAUUGUCACUAGAUGAGUUUCUUGUGCAUGAUGUUUGGAAGUUAGACUUAGCUGCAUUUGACAAGAGAAAUUUGUGUUGUACCAGCAUGCCUCGGAAAGAAUUUAUAAUGCAAAAGGUUGUUGUUUAUGUACUGACAAGAUGCUCUGUAACCCAAAGAAAUGAAAGAACAGCAGCCUGUACAGCCCAGAUAUUGAUUUGUUCAGAUGUUUCAAUGCUACAUUACACAAUAAAACCAUGAGAUUUUCUUAACAGUU